AUGGGCCUCAGGAAAAACGGAAGAUUCUGUGGUUUGGCUGCCUUCAGAUGUGACAUGGUACAAAGAGGGGUGAAAAAGCAGUCAAAAGUUGGGGAACCGAAACCGCAGAACGCUAACUUCCCCGGGCAUAAGAGAAAACCAGAAAAGCCAGAGGAUAAGAGCAGUGAUUUAGUGGAGGAUGACGACUCGACGACAUUGAAGGCAGGCACAACCACAAUUUCCCAAUCGAUGGGUGACACGUGCCGGCAUUUAUAUCAUCGACUCUUUAUCUCAAAUGAAGACUACGUUUCUACGGAGACAACCACCUUAAUUGACAGGACGAUCGCAACUAAAGAUUUGGAAGUGAGCGGAGAGAGGAGCAGGAUGCCCGGCCCAGGGACUGUACGUAUUGAAGUGUCGUCAACUCGAUCGAACCCGCCCGACAACUUCAGACAGAUUAAUUCGGACACAUUACCUGCAGGGGAGCCAAAUUCGAGCAGGGUAAUUGACGCGACAAAACCAGCACAUACGACGACGCAGCCCGCUGAGGGUGAAGACAUUGAAGGUUUGCUAGUUCGUGGUCCUCCCGAGAUCAGCAAGAAACCCGAUCUGGGUGCUGUUGUGAGACAGGGUUGUAGUCUGGUCAUCAAGAAAAUGACACCUGCUGUGACCCUGAGCAAUCGCUAUGUGCCGCGGGAUCAGGCACCCGGAUUCACACUCAUUACAACUACUAUCUCGACGACUACGGGGCUUGAGUCUCUAGAUGAAACGGAAUGCCGCCAUGUCGUAGACGCUAAAACAAGGAAUUGCCAGACGCAGACGGGAAAGAACAGCAUACCCAUCGAUCAAGGGAGGAGACAAGGUGUCAAAUCCGUCCCUCCUAGGCAGUUUGCAGCGAGCGCAAUGAAAAGAUCACCAAGGUUGAAACAAGGCUUGCUAGAACAAUUAAUCAUGGAGUCGAUUCAAUCCCUGAACAUUAACAGGCAUAUGCGCAAUUGA